CGUUCCAGUCACCCGCCGGCAAGCGUGCCGGCAAUGUGCCGGGAUCAAGGCGAAGCGCUCACAGACCAAGGCGGUCGAGUUGACCAACGCCGGCGUUCUGGCAAAUGGACGCGCGGACUAACGCAAAGUUUCGUCGGGCACAGAGCUCAGAAAGGACACUGUGCUCUGCACCGGCAGCUGUCGUCCACAUCUUUCUCGGAGCGUGCAUGAAUAUGGAUUCAUAACUGCACGGACAUCACGGCCGUCAUCACCUACGCCGCGCAGGCAAUAGCGCACGAGCUCCGCCGAUUCCUGAGACAGCGACGAUCGACGUGCGGAGGUCCGCCGACCAAGCGAGGCGCCAUGGCCAUCAACAUUGCGGGCGUGGUGUCCGUGGUGAUAUUCUACAUCAUCAUCCUAGCGGUGGGCAUCUGGGCCGGCCGCAAGAGCAAGAAGACCGGCAACGAUCCCGGCGACGCUGACGAAGUCAUGCUAGCCGGGAGAAACAUAGGCGUCUUCGUCGGGAUCUUCACCAUGACAGCCACUUGGGUGGGAGGAGGGUACAUAAACGGCACCGCCGAAGCUGUCUACAGCAACGGCAUCAUCUGGUGUCAAGCUCCGGUUGGCUACGCGCUGAGCUUAGUCGUGGGCGGCUACUUCUUCGCCAACAAAAUGCGAGCCGAAGGUUACGUGACCAUGUUAGACCCGUUUCAAGAGCUGUUCGGAGGCCGCAUGGGCGGCUUGCUGUUCAUCCCAGCGCUGUGCGGAGAAGUGUUCUGGUCCGCAGCAAUUCUGGCAGCGCUUGGUGCCACCGUAGGUGUGAUCAUUGACAUCGAUACCAACACGUCGAUCAUCGCGUCGGCGUGCAUAGCGCUCUUCUACACGUUCUUCGGAGGGCUUUACUCGGUGGCCUACACGGAUGUUAUCCAGCUAUUCUGCAUAUUCAUCGGACUGUGGUUGUGCAUCCCAUUCUGCAUGAUGAACGAGUCAGUGGGUACGCUAACGUACCCGACGAACGACUGGAUUGGGUCAUUGGAACCCAAGUACGUGGGACAAUACAUCGAUUUUGGGUUGCUGCUCAUCCUCGGUGGCAUCCCGUGGCAGGUCUACUUUCAGCGGGUCCUUUCGUGCAAAACUGCCUUCAAGGCGCAGCUUCUUUCCUAUGUAGCUGCUUUCGGGUGUAUCAUCAUGGCUAUUCCUGCCAUGAUUAUGGGUGCUGUCGCCAAAGCUACAAGGUGGAACGAGACGGCAUUCACGGGUCCGCUGCCCCUCGACAAGGAUCACACAUCGCUGGUGCUGCCCAUGGUGCUGCAGUUUCUGACUCCCGGCUUCGUCUCGUUCGUCGGGCUGGGCGCCGUGUCGGCUGCGGUCAUGUCCUCAUCGGACUCUUCCAUCCUCAGCGCGGCCUCCAUGUUCGCCAGAAACGUCUACAAGCUCAUCUUCAGGCAAAAUGCCUCCGAGCGGGAGGUGAUCUGGGUGAUGCGCGUGGCCAUCCUGUUUGUGGGCGCUAUGGCCACCGCCAUGGCACUGACCGUCAAGUCCAUCUACGGUCUCUGGUACCUGUCCUCGGACCUCGUAUUCGUCAUCCUCUUUCCGCAGCUCGUCUGCGUUGUUUACAUAAAGCACCACUGCAACACGUACGGCUCCCUCGGCGCUUACAUCAUCGGCCUACUACUCCGUGGAUUAGGAGGCGAAGACAUCAUCGGUCUCCCAGCGGUCAUCAGGUACCCAUUCUACGACGAAAAGGACGGCCAGCUUUUCCCGUUCCGCACGCUUGCCAUGCUGACCAGCCUGGCGAGCAUCCUCUCCAUCUCGGCGCUCACGCGCUGGCUCUUCGAGAGCGGCACCGUUCCGGCGCGGUUCGACGUAUUCCACUGCGUCGUCAACAUUCCGGAGGACAUCAUGAAGGUACAGGAGCCCCACGAGGGCGAGAUGACGGUGCUCAACGCGGGCGGCCUCGUCAAGAGCUACCAGACCGAGAUGAACGGCCGCGUCAACCCGGCGCUAAACCUGCACCCCGAGGAAGACGUCGAGGGGUUCCAGGUCAAGCCACCUGCUGCUGUUGGAGCCGACCCGCUGUCUCCGUUUGGCGGCGGGCCGCUCUCCACCACUGCAGCGCAGCCGCCGCCGCUCGGCGACAGGGGUGACGCGCUCUCAUCUGAAGACACUACCAAGCUCUAGGCUUGGCAGGGGUUCGGACGAGCCCCGGAGACGCACGGGUCCCAUAGUUCGCCCCGCUUCGGGCGGCCCCCCUGUCGCCCGGUCCUUCUCCUCUGUCCACUGGCGCGCGUGAGCCGGCCCCCCACUCUCCAACCACGUCCCCCGUGUCUCGCCCGUGUUUCUCGUGUGUGUGCGUGUUUGUCCUGUCCGCGCCACUCGCCGUUUGGCGUACGCUGUGGUAUGGAAGCUGCCCUCAGUGGCGUCUCAGAUGACGCCGGUAGCGAACGUGUGGGAGAAGGGUGUAACGCCCGGUAUUACCGCGCAAGCCGUUCUCUCGCUGAAAAAUGACGAAUCGUAUUACCGUCAUUUUUGGGCAUUUACUGACAGUAAGAGAAGGCGUGGCAGAGUUGUCGCUUAAAUAGCAGUCGGAAGGGACGGCGGCCAGGAACAGUCACUUUGGAAUGGAAUGCAGCGGUGCACUACUGCAGGUACUCGCGUUUAAAUGGACUGGAGACACGAUUUACUUUGAAUGUUCCUGGGCGUCCAGCUGCCAUAAGUCACCAGGCUGUCCUCCUCAGGUCAGCGCAGUAUUCGAAAAGACUGGAAACACUGAUCGGCCCUGCGCUCGUGAACGACCCAAGCGAAGUCGUCCCGACAGUCCUCUGUCAGGGACGUCGAUGCCAAGCCACGGUGGUUGUAUGAGACCUGGCGCGCAUUUGAAUAGAUGCAUUUGCCGAAUGAAUGUCGGCACGACAAACACAGAGAGAUUCCAGCAAACUAAUUCCGGAACUAGCGGUAUUUUUACAAGUCCGCAAUAAGCAACAGUUUAGUGUUCGUCUAAUGUUCUUAGGAAAUACGUUUCGUUAUAGACUGCUGAGAAGGAUCGUAAUGGGAAAACAGUACUGAGAUUCCUGGGACCGGGCCUUUGAAAGCACGGUCUCUCGAAUCAAAAUUCGCCGUGCUAUCUGCUUUCCAAAAGACACACUGUUAUGACCGAAAGUGUUGCGGUGCCGCGAAAUUUAUUGCAUUAAUACUCACACUUGCGCAUAACACAGGCCUACAUUCUGUGCUUGCUUAUGUGUCUCGCUAUACGCUGGUGUUUGAGUGGCCAGCGAUCACAACUGGAUGUUACAAAUAGGAGCGAUUGUACGGUUCCUGUUAACACCUUAAGAAUAGCAUAAAAAGAUUAGGCGAUGUGCAGCCUUCCAGUCGCUGUUUUCAGCCGACAAGGUUUGAUGUACUGAAUACUUCGUUUCGUACAGAAUUGUACCCUCUAUGUUAGUUGAAUGCCACCUGGUUGCCGCCUGAAUGGUAUACUUUACGCCUCGCAUACUGCAGUGGCGUCCGAAACCAGAGCAAAGCGCCACAUCUUACGUGCAGCAUUGAAGUAUGCGUGCUUAUUUUGACAGCCAGAACCCAGUGCAGCACAGCGAAGGCCCCCCCCCCCCCCCCCCCCCUUUCGCGAUUGUGUAUAAAUGCUCGUCGGGGCAAAAUGUACGAUUCUAAGCUAAUAGCUUAAGGCAAAACGAGUGUAAAGCGUUGUCUUGGGAGGACCCAUGAAGGAAUUCUGUCUUGUCGUAGGUAUAGGAGCACUUGGAGAUUGAUGUUACCUUUGCUGCACCUCAGCUGCGCACCAGAAGCAAGAUGAAUCCAGCUGCGAGAGAUCAUGUGUUCCGUCUGAGUCAAAGGGACAAUUUCCACGCUAAGUGUGACCGUUAUUGGUUUUCAAAUAAUCCAAUUAAGCUCAAAUAACCGGCACACAGCGUGCUGCUCUUGUUGGUGCAUACUACAUCGUAGUGGAAGGGUGAAGCGCAUUCCAGGUUAGGAGCCGCGUUCGUCCCCAUGUGUUUCACUGUGAAUUGUCUUCCUUUCGCGAUCCUCCCUUCCACGCUGCACGGAUGACGCACCAACUUAUGCUGCAGCCGCGCGCAGAGCAGCGGUGCGCUGUGAUCAUUUGCGUGACGUGAAGGUGCACGCACGCCGUUAGGAGAGCAAAAGAUGGGCCCCUUUCUUGUGCUUACCGGCAGACAGCCUCAAAACUGUAGCUCGUGUCCAAAACUCGGGUGUCUAGGCGCCUCUUGCCCGAACGCGCUGAUUUCCACGUUUGAAUUGCAAAUAGCCAAAAUUACAGCCAUCGCCGGCAACGCUAGAAGGCGAGAGGUUGCCUUUGUUCGGCGUUUUCGGCUAUACACAAGCCUUAAGCGCUGACAGGUGAGAAAUAUCGCCCCAGUGUUCCACCUGUCUACACUAACCGGAGAUCCGCAUGCUGCAUCAGUCUUGUCACGGGAAACGUUCCCUUUUAUUGUGUUUCUUUCUCCUGUGCAAGCGUUGUGCACUCCCGGCUCCUACACAUCCGGCGCGCAACCGGGUGGCUUCUAUAGAGUAUUGACGUCUGCGAGACGCACUGCGAGUUCGUUGUGUCAAACAGACACGUUGUGACAAUCAAUCACGUUAUACAGCGCGGGAGCAUAGAGUCGUCGGUAUUUUUUGGGAAAGUUUAUUGCGGGGGAGCUAUCCCCCUUGCUCGUUGUGGUCGAUAACUCAAUGUUGUAAGCGCGAUGACAAUCAAGUUUAAAGUGCACUGUGAUCGUGGUACCCUUCCUUGGAGUGAUAUAUACGCACGUUUUGUUUUAUGACAAUCAAAUAUCACGGGCGUGGUGACAAUGGGAGCCACGUGCGAAGGCCUGAUGGCACAGGGUCUCGACAAUCCUACUACACUAUACAGCAGCAAAGCAUUUACGAUGAACUUGAGGAACGCCACCGCGACGCGCAGCUGCGCACUGAGAUCGAAAGCUGCCCGUCUUGGUGAUCAUGGUGAAACUUGGGAUGCUGUACACGAUAUACGCAACGUAGGUGAAUGUGCCAUUUUCUGACCUCAUGCUUGAAUUAACAGCGUAGUCAGAAAUAGAAGCGUUAAGCGCAGAUCAAAUAAAGCGUGUAUAUACAGGCCGCCCUAUUCGGAGCGCGAACUCGGUAACUCAGGCGACGUUAACUCCGGAUGCCUGCCGUGUGCAUUCUACGCUUACGAAUCCCAGCUAGCGUGAACCUAGUAAAGCAAGCAGACAAACAAAAAUUAGCUGCAGUGGUCAUGUCGACGUUAACAAAUGCUGAAUUAUGUUGCAAGCGACGAGGUGGUUCACCCCUCAAGUUCUGUCCGAGGGAUAGUAAACAUUAUACGGAAAAGGGGGAGUCAAAUACGCGGCUGAUUUCGACCGCAAAACCUGAGGUCACGAUGAGCUCAUUUGCCUACUUUGUGGUGUUCAAGGAUCAAAGAGUGCCACUCCUUACACGCGGCAAACGUUCGCGCUGCUUGUUUCGUCGUGACAAGGCAUUUCUGCGAAAUUCUCCACUUUCUGCAUGCCCACGCAUUUUCGUUGUGUGACUUGUUGAGCAGUGAAUAUGAUUAUUCCAUUUCUUCUUGAACAUAUCGUUUCACACUUCGCAUACAUCUUCGGACGCGAAAAAAAAAAGUGUUAUAUUCAGCGCAUUGCCCUGUAGCGUGCUCUGUUCAGCUGUUUGGAUGUGUUAGUUGCACGGGCAAACCAAUGUGUUGCAGGUGCUGCGAAUAACUUAUAUAUAUGUAAAUAUGUAUUAUUUAUCGUCACUGCUUUUUGAACCUGUUAGAGACUUGAUUGCUGAGCAAUAUUUUCGCAUAUCGACAGAGCCCUCGUACUUAUACACUUUGUUCAAGGAUGCACUCGCCUGUAGCAGAAUCCUUUCUUGGACUGUGAGAAGGCAAGAAUGACUGUUCCCGCGGUGUUUCAAGACAAACAUAUCUAGGCCGUAGCAGGCUAGGCGUUGGUUGAUGUUAAUGCUUGACGUAUCUAUAGGCGUUAUUUUACAAUUUUUCGUCACCACUGUAAGCCCUGCUCCAAAUGUAUUGUUAUUUCGUUGUGUCACUGUAAGCCGUGUCAGGUGUUACCUGUUGUGAACCUCUAGCUGUUGACAAUCAAGUCACAUCUUGUAUUAUGACAUCGCACCAAAGAAAUUGCGACAAUGUGUGUGCAGCCAUGUUUUGAGAUAUUUAAGUGCAAUUACGUGCCCGUGCGUAACGUUAAGAUCAACUUGAAGGGGCACAGGAUGGUCGAGGUUGCCUCUGGCUCUCGACGCGAGUGCUCGUAAAUAGUACGGACCGUUGUGAUCCCGUCUAUCUGCGAAGGCUAGCGCCGAUUUCGGAAGCCGGAGCUACGCAGGUUAGAGUUAGAAUAAGCGUGACGAUGGGAAUCCAAUAAAUAGACGAAUCAGUUGAAGGUUGUCCCAUCCGGCGUGGUAUACGUACUACGACAGGAGUAAAUUAUUGAGACCGUUUUCGCCAAAUGCAGCCGCAAAGUGAGAAGAAACGAAAUUUCGUGCAGCGUUAAACAUGAACGGUGUUGUUCGAGCAGCAUAAAAGUAUCCCUGGAGGCGUGGAUUUAAGUUACAGUGGUAAGCCUACUGCUGAAGUGCACCAGUGUUCGUUUGUUGUUGCUGUUGCUUUUAAAUGUUGCCAAAGCGGUCCGAGAUUUGCCCACUGUCCAACUUGCGUACUCACCGGCCGCUAAUUUGUGUAUUUACUCUGUAUUACGCAAUCAGAAACCGCAGCGGCGGUCUUCUUUUUUUUUUUCUCCCUCUCAAAUGAGGCAAGCGACGCCACAUUCGACCAACUCAACGCGAACAUGUCAUGCCAUGUCGUAGUGACAGUGCAGCUGGUUAGAAUUGAAAUGUUACUUCGAAAGUUCCUCCGCAGUUAAACUUUACGCGAAGUCUUACUGUUUUGAUGUACCCCAGCUUCGCGUUCACGACCUAGCCCAGCUGCUAUAGGAGCCAUAUACGCGUCGUCCUGGCAGGUGGUAAGCGAGCGCAGGUGGGUGCCAUUUUCGAAACGUUUGUGCAAUAGACACCCUGCACCCUACUGCCCUUCGUAGUGCUUAGGGGUUUGCAUUUUGUAGUAUACACGGAUUCAAUUCAUUUGACGUAAUUUGUAACGGAGUUUAAUCACAAUAUCAAAUGCUCCCAUCACAGCUGCGCUAGCACUGCGCUCGCUUACCACCUGCCAGGACGACGCGUAGUUUACCUGUUGUCACGGGUUCAUUAAGAUAUCACAAAUUGUGCGGUUAUUUAUACUUGCAUGCCCUUAUUCACGUCAGACCAUCAAAAAGAAACAAAAAAGACAUCUUCUUUUACUGAUGGUAGGUGUUUAGAGUGACCCCAGGCUUUCUCUUUUACUUUCUUUCUUCCGGUUGUUUCGCUUAUCAUUCGUGUUACUUGCGUUCUGUAUUAUUUUGUCGCCGUAAGUAAAGCGUCUGACAAACAGCGAGUAGGCCAGAUUUCCUAAUUACCAAAAAUCGUGUUUUUUUCCUGGUUGGUGUGAGAGAGAGAAUAAAACAUUUAUUAGUGAAAAUUAAUAGUCGUUUUGUGAUCGGACCUCCUAGUCCGGAAGACCAUCGGCUUUUGCCGCCGUCCGGGCUCGGUUGAACCCUAACGCCACGUUCGCUCGUGGCAGGUGACGUAAUGAAAAAAAAAUGCAAUAACCUCUAUUCUUUUCUGUGCUUUUUAAUAUCAAAAUAGUAUGUCCGUUCGUGGGCUGCAUUUUAUUUGCACAGAUUAGGGCACUAAUGAAAUUUAUAUUCUAUCGUGCUGUCUUUCCAGGAGUCGAUCAAUACGUGUAAGCUGCUAAUUUAACAGGCAGUGGGAAAUAAAUUCGCACGGAAGAUGUAAAAGAUUACAACUUGACUAGGACGUUGCGAGAACAUGUUUUGAGGUAACAACGACGACAACAACAACAACAUUUAAGUGGAUGGAGACGGACACGUUUGCCUUAAAUCAAGGAUCGCAACAUCUUCUUUAAAAUUAAUGCAGUCUAAUAUGUUUUUUUUUGUAAUUUCGUUCGUGCACGUCGUUGGCAUCUUUUAGCAAAGAGCUCUGGGCUUGUGAAAAGCUUUGUACCAGCAGUCGGGUUGCUUACAUCGCGUAACGACGAGCCCACGCGUCCAGGCGUAUCGUUUGUUGUCUUUAGCCUUGUUCGGACAAGGAGAGCACAAUGCGCGCCUGUUAACGAAAUGCGCAGACAGCAAUAUCAAUCAACCUUGACAAUCAUGUCUUAGAUGUGUGUGCGUGUGUAUGCGUGUAAGUGUUAUUCAGAUAGUGUGGCAGUCAUGUUUCGUCGUGCAAAGGGUCUACUUACGAAGUUGUUGAAAAUGCCGUGAGCAUCCGACCGACCGUGCAACGAGGUAAACAAUAAAGAGAGAUGUAUUAGUGUGUGAUACGAGCAGCGGUGUCUGUGUCCCUUCCUUUUUUCAUCGACAUGCCGCGCGCACCAAGCGCCUUCUAAGCGCGACUGCUCCAAAGGCACUGCAGAUGCAGGGCCCGACGAAUCAAAUGCAGAAAACAUGAGCGAUAAGGACCGUCUUUCAUUGACAUGAGUUUGAAGGAGAAGUCGGCGCCUUAUGUGGCGCAGGACGCUCUUCGUCGCAGGGCAAC